GUCUGAGAAGGGGGGAUAGUGUGACAGCUUUUCCUGCUUCUUUUGAGAGGGAGAGAGCAAGAGAGAGAGAGAGCACUUAUUACUCACUCCAGCCUCAGAGUCUGAAAGGAAGUUACCACCUCUUCCCCAGACUCCCUGAACAUACACACACAACACACACAGACGCACAACACAGACGCUCCUCAGGAUUUGACCACAGAAGCAACGGGAGUCAGCUGAGGCAAGUCAGGAUCGCUUGAAGCGUGAUUUUUCAAAAUCCGAAGGGAAAGACGAGUGUUUUGAGGGACGACUGGUUACAUCUCUCACUGUUUCUGGAGGGACCUCUUCUUCACAGUCAUCCAGUGGAUGGUUGUUACCCAGAGGCCGGCCGCUGAUCUGAAAGUCUUGUCUGAACUCCCAGGGUGCCCGUUUGUCUGCAGAGAAGAUACAGAAUGCCUCAACCCACGGAGACGCACGGUGACAGGAAGUAGACACAGCCCUGUGUGAAGAUACCCUUAAAGGGGUGGCCAAAUGAACCGCUAGGCCAGAAGACCAGAGAUCACCGGCAUUGACCCAGAGCGAGCGAGCGAGAGAGAGAGAGAGAGAGAGAGAGAGAGAGAGAGAGAGAGAGAGAGAGAGAGAGCGAGCGAGCAGCCCGGCGGACUGUCCAGCAGCCACCACCCGGCCUCCUGGCAGCAUGAGCCUGGACUGAGGACUGACUUCAGGUCUUCCUUUUGCGGUGUGAAUAAAGGCAAGUCAGCAUUCAGCAUGGAUGUGAAGAGGAAAGAGAUGGACCUCCUGAGCAACAGCAUUGCUGCAUACGCACACGUUAAAGCGAACCCGGAGAGCUUCGGCCUGUACUUCGUGAUCGGGGUGUGUUUCGGCCUGGUGCUGACGCUGUGCCUCCUGGUCAUCCGCAUCUCCUGCAAGCCCCGCACCAACGUGGCCCCCACCCCCGCGGAGAAAAAACACCUGAAGGACAUCAGCGAGGAGGACGAGGAGGACGAGGAGAGCGAAGACGAGGAGGACGAAGGGGCGGAGGACGUCGAGACGCCCGCCCCGCCGCCCUCCACCGAGAUCCCCAUCGGCAAUCACCACAGCCAGUCGGACGGGACGCUGAGCGUGAACGUGUUCACGUCGGCGGAGGAGCUGGAGAGGGCACAGCGGCUGGAGGAGAGGGAACGCAUCAUCCGCGAGAUCUGGAGAAACGGCCAACCGGACAUCCUGGGAACAGGAACCGGGACUAUCGGACGUGUGCAUUACUACUAAAGCGUCACGGGCUGCACAGGGAGCACUGUAUGGACAAGUUGUGGUGAACUCUGGUACUGACUGUGGUGCAGCAACACUCAGGACCAAACCUCCGAGUGGGCCCGUCAUCCCUGAAAUCAAACAUCGAAACGCAGGCAUGUGUUGGGCUGGAAGAAAUAGUGCACCAACACACCCCAACACAGGGACAUGCUACGCUCUAAAACACCUGUCUCUAAUAAUUUGAGACGGGAGCGAACUGUGUUAUGUUGCACUUCUGGCUUAGCUGUUUGCAGCCUUCCCCUGACUGAGCAGAGAGACUGACUUUGUGCAAGUGGACAGACAACCCGGUCUCACAGCCAUAACGUUCAUAUACGACUUGUUUGCAGUUCCCAAAAUAUGUUGAUUGCCGAAGUCCUGUCACAUGACUACGAUGAGC